GGCUUCCGUAGCUUGGAGCUGCCAGGGAAGAGUCCGAACUGCGGCUGUACCCCGAGGCCGAGAGCUACUGCCUUUUUUCUCCGGUUCCUUCCCAGCGUCUAGAAGUCUCCAGAGUUUUUAAUUUUUUUCUCCCCUAAAAUGCCAUCCAAAUUAAUAAUCCUCCUAAUAACCUGAUCUCCCGCUCCUCCCCACUCGCCCGCCUCCCGCCCUGGCUCCUUCCUCCUUCCCUCUCUCCUUCCCAUCUCCUUGGUCGCAGCCGGAGGGAAACUCAGUGGCUGCCGUGGAUCCGGGGUGUCUGAGCCCGGAGGGGGUGUCCGAGCCCGGCGGGUUGAGGCGAUGGUUCCUGCGGCUUAUGUUUGCCCUCUGCGUAGAGAGCUCCGGCCGCCCCUGCCGCUGAGCGCAGGGCUCGUUGCACCCCCAGGCAUCUCGUUCCCAAAUUAAAAGUCAACAGGGGAAACUCGGGCAGACACCCCUCCUCCCGGGCCCCUCCCGUCUCCCCCGCCCCAUGCCGGCUAGGGAGACUGCCUGGUGCGGAGGCGGCGGCAGCGGCUGGGGCCGAGGCAAACUGUGCGUGACCGCGCCUGCGGGGGAUUUUGCCAUCCGUGCACCAGGACCCGGGGAGGAAGAACCAGCAGCUCCCCAUCUCCUCCUCCACCACCAUUUCGGGGACCCCUCAGGGAUUCGUUUUGGGGUUCCCACUGACUUCCAAGAAGGACGCGUGCCCCUCUCUGACCUCAGCUCGGGCGGCCACCUGUCUUUGCCGCCGUGACCCUUCUCCCAUGACCCUGCGGUGCCUCGAGCCCUCCGGGAAUGGCGCAGAAGGGACGCAGGGACAGUGGGGGACCUCGGGAUCGGCGGAGGAGCCGUCCCCGGAGGCGGCGUGUCUGGCGAAGGCUCUUCGGGAGCUCAGUCAAACAGGCUGGUACUGGGGAAGUAUGACUGUUAAUGAAGCCAAAGAGAAAUUAAAAGAGGCACCAGAAGGAACUUUCUUGAUUAGAGAUAGUUCGCAUUCGGACUAUCUACUAACAAUAUCUGUUAAAACAUCAGCUGGACCAACUAAUCUUCGCAUCGAACACCAAGAUGGGAAGUUCAGAUUGGACUCUAUCAUAUGUGUCAAGUCCAAGCUUAAACAAUUUGACAGUGUGGUUCAUCUGAUCGACUACUAUGUUCAGAUGUGCAAGGAUAAGCGGACGGGCCCAGAAGCCCCCCGGAACGGCACUGUUCACCUUUAUCUGACCAAACCGCUCUACACAUCAGCACCACCUCUGCAGCAUCUCUGUAGACUCACCAUUAACAAAUGUACUGGUACCAUCUGGGGACUGCCUUUACCAACAAGACUAAAAGAUUAUUUGGAAGAAUAUAAAUUCCAGGUAUAAGUGUUUCUCUUUUUCUAAACAUGCCUCCUAUAGAGUAUCUCCGAAUGCAGCUAUGUAAAAGAGAACCAAAACUUGAGAGACGGCUCUGGAUAACUACGUGGAAUUCUCAGAACAGCUGAAGUCAAUCUAAUUUAAAUGUGUGGUGAGGUAGCUAGAUAUUUAUAAGUCCCCUAAAUAUUUUUACCUGAGUGAUGCUUCCCUUCCUAAGGCUCACCAAGACCAGUUGAUCCUUUUAAGCUAAAAGUCAAAUGUCCCAAGUAAAGGCUGAAGGAACGUUUUAUCAGAACACUUUGCCUUUCUGAGGUUCCUUCCUGUUAGGCGCAGUGUCCCAGCGCCAGUAGUAGAGAAAGAGCUCUGCUUGGGAGUGCUGAAGAAGUGGAAGGAACCAGACUGACACCGGCUUAACUUCAGUUUUGUAUGCCUGGUGAUCAGAAUCUAUUUUAGGACUUUGGAUAUUUUGCAUUCUGGUGUACUUAGGAGUUUUGUUAAACAGAUAUGCUUGUGAGUAUUUAUCCUUCAUUUUAUGCAAUUAACCAAAUCAACCAAAAAAGUGACCAUGAAAUCCUGUAUUUGUCUUUUUACUACAUGUAUGAACUCUCUCAUGUGGAUGAGUACUGUAGUAAUCCAUUUCAAGGGAGCCUUAUUUCAGAACAUUUUCAAACUGGUGCAAACGGAAAAGACUUGAUCUUUUCCUCUAAGGCUAAAGACAAGAAUGUCAUGCUAUACAGGUGCAACUCAAUCCCUGUUAAUAAAACCAUGUAGAUAGAGACAUUUUACCCCUGAAGUAACUGUGUCCCCACCUGUUGCCAUUGAUUUUUCUGCAGUGGCUUUAGAAAUUUCCAAGUGGUCUAACCAUGGACAUCAGCAGUUGUCUCCCUUCUACCAUGUAGAAUAUUUUGACCUAAUUUUCUUCCAGAUCUAGGGGGAAUACCUGCCUGUUUUUCAAAGUGUUUAUUUACUGCUGUUACCAUUUGAUUAGAAUGUAUCAAAUAAAAAAAACCCUGACUU